AUGGACUGCCCCUCCAAGAAAUAUGCUGGGCUUUUCAUUGCUGGCAAUCAGAAUGUUGGUCCUUCAGCCCAUGGACAGGAUUUGGAAAAAGAGCUGGGACAUCUUGACUUCCCAGGAAGCUCAUGGCUCACUUCAGCAGCUCCAGCGUCAGCAGAAGUGGAACGAAAGGUCCGGAAGCACCUGGCCUCCUCUUCAGAGCCCAUCCUGGAUCUCAAGACAGAAGUUACAUCUCCAGCAACUGGGGCCUCAGUGAACACAGCUGAAAUCAUCUCACUGAUAGACCUAGAAUGUCCACCAAUAGCCACUGUGGUGGGUACUCCCAUUUUCAAUGUGCCAUUGGCAACACAAGACCCAGCCCAAAUCCCAAAGCCCCCCUGGGAUUUUUCCUGUGCUGAUUACUGUGACCCAGAACUGCCUCUGCCUCCACCACCUGAUAAAGUCCCCCCUUCAGAAACGGGAUCCACUGGGUCCUUGCCAUGGCCCGAAGCCCCGGAUGACUGUGUCCCGGCCCCAGUGCGGCCCAACACCCUGGACAUCUUAAAGCCACUCCAAAAGCUGGAAGAGGUGAAGCAGAUAGGGGAGCGAAGAAGCAAUGACAACACAAACGUCAAGGAAAACGGACUAGAGAACUGUCCAGAAGUGCCACGUGUUAGCGAGGAAAGGAAAGCACUCCAGUCUGAGCUGGGGAAGUGUAUUGAAGACUUCCGGAAAAUCAAGAUCCCUUCCUCUUUCCCCAAUAAGACACAGCGGUGGCAACAUGAACUGCUGAAAAAAUAUCAGCUUUGAAAACAAUCUGGUGCCAAGAUGUGUCUCUUCCAGUGGGUGAGCGGCAGGAUGCCAUCCCUCUAGGAUCUCUGGCCCUCUGCCACUCAGCAAGGUGAGGAGGGGAAGGAAGAGGAAGAAAAGUCUGCAUUAAUUUUGUUCUGCUUGUCUGGUGAUGAAAGGCCUGUGAUUCUCUGAAGGGUCUGUGGGAGACAUUACUGGUGUCACUGUGUGACUGUAAAGGCCUGUCCAAAAGAAAAGGGGUGGCAAGCAAAUCUGACUCCCACUAGGGGGCACCCUGACAUCAGAGGAUGGAAGGGCAACAUCCUCUUCCCUUUGCGUGAAUGAACACAGACAUGAGAAAGGGGAAUGGGGUCAUACAGCUGGCUUGCCCCAAAAUGUGUGGGAUGCAAGGGUGGGCAAAGUUUCUUGCUUGUUACUAUAACAACCUACACCAACAUGGGCAGCGUGGACCCAACAUGGAUUUAAUUAUUUAUUGAUA